AUACACAGAGAGAGAGAGAGAGAGAGAGAGAGCCGCGCGCAUUCCGUACCUCAUCUCUAUUGGAGCAGCGACUUGUGCGUUGCUAUAGCGUGCGCGUCCUUCUGGGAUUGCUGAUUGACGCAUUGAAUUCGAAGAGACAUCAGUUACGACCGAGAUAGAUAGAAGCUAGAGGAGGAGAAGGAGGAGGAGCAUGGGUGAUCUCCUUUUGUGGCUCGUCUCCUUCUUCUUUCUCAUAGCCUUACUCGUCCUCGUCGUUUAUCAGCUUAUGUGCCUGGCAGAUCUAGAGUUUGAUUAUAUCAACCCUUAUGACUCUUCAUCUCGAAUCAACAGAGUGAUUUUGCCGGAGUUCAUUGCACAAGGAGUGUUGUGUGUAUUCUAUCUUGUAACAAGGCAUUGGUUUAUGUCCCUGCUGUGUGGUCCAUACCUUUUCUACAAUGUUAGACUGUACUUGCAAAGGCGGCACCUGGUAGAUGUCACUGAGAUAUUCAACCUGCUGAAUUGGGAAAAGAAGCAGCGGCUGUUCAAACUCUUCUAUCUCAUAUUUCUGCUCAUUCUCUCCAUAGUUUGGAUGAUUCUAACUACACUCGAUGAGCAUGAAUAGUUGGGGACUGUAACAUACUUCUGGAGUAUGUACUGGAGGUAUCGAAUGCGGCAAAGGUGUUAGCGAUAGACUGCUGCCUCCAAGCAACACCAAUUGUAACUAAAUUAAUGAGUUGAUCUCUCCCCCCACCCCUUCUGUAGUUCGAUUUUAUAGAAGGCAGUGUUAUCCUGCUUGUAAGCAAUCCUUGUUGAAACAUCCCAAUGUAACCUCCAACUUCAGAGUUCAAUAUAAUUUUAGUUAAAAAGUCACCCUCUUUUUAUUUUAA